GAUUAGAUGAUGUGUUACUAUCGGUACAAAGUAGUGGGUGCAUUUCUUCUGGUCACAUUAGCUGUUAAUCAAUCUCAUGGAUUACAAAAUGGCAGCUCAGAUGAAACAGCAAAACUUGCUAAUUGUGAAAAUCCAAUUCAGAGGGUCUUGGAAUAAUUUUUUGUCAAAAAGUCGAAAGGAAUCGAAAUGGAAAAGACUAUUGCAGAAAUGACGUCUACUAUCAAAACUUUGAAGACCACUAUUGAGGAAAUGAAAUCUUUUAUUUCGUCACUCCAAAGAGAUAUCUCAAAUAGGAAAGAAUUCAGAUGUGAAUCGGGUGUAUCAAGACAACACAAAUUUCCAGCUCCCACUUGGCCUUAUGGACAAACAAUCAAAUUCAAAACCGCCUUCCAAGAAAUACCAACCGUAACAUACGGUUUAUACGUGCUUGAUUCAGAUUACACAGUUAACCUUCGUAUAAGCACAGUGGUAAAGGAAGUAACCAGGACAGGGUUUAGUGUAAAGAUCAAAACAUGGGAAAACUCGGUGCUGUAUGGAGCUAGAAUCAGCUGGAUGGCUUGUGGUAGAUAA